UACGAGCGCGGGGCUCCGAGCUGAAUCCCGGCUGACGUCACUGGGGACGCGCCUUAAAACCAAAGAGCGGGGGAGACGCAUGGUGCGAUCGAACACACGUACGCACACGCGCGCGCGCGCUUCGGAUUGGGAGAUAGCGGAGGAGACGUCGCAGGAGAAGCAGCGGCUGCGUGAGCGGGACGGAAACUCCGGCGGAAGCGAGAAGUUACUUUUAAAACAGUCCUCGUCCUUUUGCGUCAAAUAAAAGUGGCGCGCGGUGGUAGACGGUAAAUGUAUUUUAAAAAGUGAAAACCAGUCAGCGGCAGAGGUCUUCGUCGGGCACGGAUGCUGUUGGAUGUCUGCGCCUCUGCUCCUUUGAUCUCCUUUGAGCCAUGGCUUACUCUCAGCUGGGAUACACCUACUCCACCCCACCGCAGUUUCUGGUGAACUCCAGCCCUCUGAGCGCCUGUCUGGAGCCGGGGACGCCCCCGUCGGUCCUGCGCUCCCCGGCGCGUCAUCUGCCCCCCGGCGGCGUCGGCGUCUACGGCGGCCCUUACGCCAAGAGCCAGGGUUACUACAGCACCUGCAGCAGCGACGCCGCAGCCCUCUACUCCAGGGGGCCACUAGAUCCCAAAGACGGAGCCGCAUCUUUGGGGACGUCUCAGGCUCCUGCUUACUACCCUUAUGAAUAUGCAUUUGGACAAUAUCCUUAUGACAGAUAUGGGUAUUCCUGCGCCGAUGGCACUUCCCGGCGUAAAAACGCCACCCGGGAGACCACCAGCACCCUGAAGGCUUGGCUGCACGAGCACCAGAAGAACCCGUACCCCACCAAAGGGGAGAAGAUAAUGCUGGCUAUUAUUACCAGGAUGACGCUCACGCAGGUCUCCACAUGGUUCGCCAAUGCACGCAGGCGGCUGAAGAAGGAGAACAAGGUGACGUGGUCGCCCCGGGCUUGUAAAAGCUCUGACGACCGAACCCACGACGAUGACGGCGAUGAAGCCGAGAAGCCGCCUAAAUGUGACGAAGACCUUCCUGACGACGGGCAGUGUGCCGACCUGCAGAGCGACCUCGAGGACUUCGACCUGCUGGAGUCGGAUGCGUCUGACUGUGAACCCAAGUCAGACUUCCUACACGACGACAGUGACUUGAACCCAAGCACGGACUCGCGGCGCGGACGCCACGAACGCGCCUCGGAACCGCCGCGCGGCCGAGGCAGAACGUCCCCAGACGGCGCCGCACGUCAAAGCGACGCCUUCGGUACCACUCCGGACCUCGGAAACGCGCACGUCAAGCCCAAGAUCUGGUCCAUCGCCGAUACUGUGUCUCCGGAGGAGUUCCCUCCCUGUAUGCUGUCGUCCGCCGGGGCGUCCGCGUACCCGUCAAACAUGUGUCUGUCCAAGGAGGAGCGGCAGCAGGAAUCGCCCGUGGCCACGCUCAGAGAGUGGGUGGACGGAGUUUUCCUGGGGCCUCCGUUCCAGCAGCCCCGGUCGGCUGAGGCGUGGAAGGGCUUAAGCGACGACGUGGUGGACACCAGGACACCGGGACAGUCCUUUGAAAUUCACCGACGUGCGUCAUCGUUGUUGACCAACUAAUUGCGGCAUCAACGGACUCUUUUAAACGCCACUGGACUUAAAAUAAAAAUUCUAUAUUUUUGUUGUCGUGACUUGACCGAUGGCUCAGUUAGUGAAUCCUGCGUCUGUCAAGCUUUCUUAUUUUCCCACAAUGCAUUAUGCAGUUUGGCUUUUAUGACGGUGCCAAAUUAAUCCAUAAAUCACCAAGUUUUCAAGGAGUGUUUUUUUCCAGUUUUAGACAGAAGUUCACAAAAUUCUGCUUCUGAUCUGGUGAUUGAUUGCUAGAAUUCUUCUGUUGUGAAUGACAAAUAUGAAUUAUUAGCUGCUUAUUUACUAGCUUGUCAAAAAAGAUCAUCAACCACGUUUUUUUUCCUAUAUUUUCAUUUGAUUUGUUUAAAAAAGCACUUAAAGGUAUUUCACAUAAUACUGAGCAAAACUAUUGACUAAGGCUUCAUGUCACAGUCAGUUCUAAACUUACAGAGCCGUAUAGAAACUGCAUCAGCAUGUGGAACAAUGGAAGGUUUGGCAGCGCUGGCGUGCCCAGGUCACUUCCUGAGCCUCUGAUGGGUCAAAUGUUUGGGGUUAACCUAUGGUCAGUGUAAAACGAGGCUUCCCUUCGAACGCCUUGACAGACCUUCGCUGUCUAACGACUGACGGACUCGUGGGCCCCAUCAGUAGUCACAGUAACUACUGUCACCAUACACUUCCCUGCAGCGAGGUUCACACACUUGAAAAAUAUACAGUAUUGUACACUUGCACUACAGCCACGAAAUCACGAAAAUAAAAGGUGUAUUCUGUA